AUGGCAUCACCCAGAUGGAAGAAGCUAUAUGAAUACGCAGCAUGUGACCUCGCGGAUGGUCUACUGAAGCUACACGUACCAGGCGCGGGUUUCCUCGCUGAUAUCAACAAUGUGUCACAUCAGUCAUUGACCUCGUCAGGGCCGCUGCUUCACACAGCCAGCAUCCCCAAGCCUGAGCUUAAGAAGGUCCUCGCGCCUGCAUCGACCUUCCUCAUGAUUGCGAAAGCGACCAAGUCUUUCCCGAACCCUCCCAAGAUGACGGACAGCAUUCCAGCUUCCAACCUUACCGACUCCAGACCAUACGCAGACUAUACCGAGAGCGGCACCAUUGUAGUCAUCAGCCAACCUCCAGGGCAGUCGUGCGCAGUCGUCGGCGGUAUCAUGGCGGCUCGCAUGCAGCAUCUCGGUGCAGAGGGUAUCGUCGUCGACGGUCGGGUGCGGGACAUCACCGCGCUGAACCAGACGCAGCUGCCUAUCUGGUCCAAAGCGACGUCUAUCAUCGGCGCAGGAGCCGAGACCAAGUUUCAUGCGCACAAUGUGCCCGUAAGAAUCGGCGAGACGGUGGUCGAAGCCGGCGACAUCAUCAUGAUUGACCCUUUCGAGAAUGGCGUGGUCGCGGUGCCACAGGGCAAGGUAGACGAACUGCUCGACCUACUACCGAAGCUGAUCGAGGCGGACGAGAGGGUGAUUGCGGACGUGUGUCGCGGAGUGAGCGUGGAGGAGGCGUUUAAGAGACAUAGGAACUAG